CUUCUUGGUUCCGGUCAAGACUCGACAGAUCGCAGUUUUCACCCCUUCGUCUUUCAUCCGCGCCUCUUUGGUCUCCAGCUCCAGCAUGGUUAACACCACUACUACAGCGGGUCUCAUCGGUGUUGUUCUUCUGGCUCGCCACGGCGACAGAACAGGAUACUACCAAGACCCCAGCACGUACAACUCUACCCAAGCAUACAUAACUCCCCUUGGAUCGCAACAAGAAUUUGACCUCGGGACCUUCCUUCGUAACACAUACCUCAACCCCAAUUCGCCAUCUUUCAUCCAGAACAUCAGCACUGACGUGGUAAAUAUCGACCAGUUGGCAGUCCGCGCAGAUGCUGGUGGAGGAAAUGUUAUCCUUGAUUCUGCGUAUGCUCUGCUUCAGGGUCUAUACCCGCCCACACAGAAGUCAGAAGUGACCUUGGGGAAUGGGCAAACCGUUAUCUCUCCUCUUGGAGGAUACCAAUAUAUUCCAGUGGAAUCUUUGGAGUUCUGGCAAGCUCCGUCUCUCACGAGUUGGAUAGAGUGCAAUUACUUCCCAUACCACCUAGCCCGAGUUUACGGCGCAUCUGCAUUCCAAAAUAUGUCCAUCCAAGCCCAGCCCUUCCUGACUGCACUGAAACCUUACUUGGGGGGCGUCAGUAACAACUUCACGAACAUAUGGAAUAUAUAUGACCAUGUGAACGUCCAGUACACCCAUAACAAGACAUAUUAUGAAACACUGCCUGCGACUUUCCUCCAGCAAGCUCGCCACUAUGCUAAUUGGGUCCAAAACAAUGUCUUCACUGAUUCUGUUGGCAUCGGCCUAAUUGGCAUUCGCACUAUUUUCCCGGAUAUAAUCUGGGCCUUGGGUAAUAUGACCCAGCCUUCUAACACGGUCAAGAUGUCUAUCCAGGAAGUCGACUACAAGCCAUUCAUGGGUCUAUUCAACAUGACAAACGCUACCUUGACUGAUCCUGACAUUGCUGGUAUCGUCGAUUAUGCUUCUGUUGUUGCUUUGGAGCUGUCGCUGAACUCGCAGGGUCAACAUGAGGUCAGCUUGAAGUUCAAAAACGGCACUGAAGACAGCGAGUUCCGUCAGCUCAAAAUGUUUGGCAACACGAGCAUCACCCUCGACAGUUUCGUGAACCAACUUGCUUGGACCGCGGUGAAUUCUACUAAGGAUUGGUGUUUUUCGUGCAAUCAGACUGUCACACGCGGAUGCUCUGUCUUUAACUACAGUCAAGAUCCCUUCUUUUAUGGCAACUAGAUAUGUCAUAAAUGUCUUUUGGUUUCAAUAAAUUAAUUAAUAAUUUCAAUUAAAUUAUUUUUGUAACCCAGUCGUUGACUCGGGUAUCGAAAAACUUGUCGUUGAAAACACCCUGAUGCUAUUCGUUCGGUUGGAUUCGAUUAUGAUUCAUACAGGCGGUCGCCGCUUUCAAGUGAUAAAUAAAAUACGCAUAGAAUACGG